AUGGGAGACUUCACGCGCCACACGGAUCAGUUCUUCGACGAGGCACACGAUUACAAUGUGUCCUCGGGGAUGCUGCCCGAUUGCGAGACGAUUCCGCUCGAUUACGGGGUCCCGACAGCGUCCCUGUACACAACGUUGGCGUUGAUUGGGCUAAUGUUUGUUCUCUAUGGCUAUCGAGCAUUCAAAACGACGAUGGGUCUCACGGGUUACAUAUUCGCUACACUCAUCGUGUAUAAGAUUUGUACAGUUGAAGAUCUCUUGCCGAUGUUCGGGAACGUCGGGGUGUCCGUCGGUGCGGGACUGUUAUUCGGGCUGAUUACGAUGCUCGUACAGCAUGUGGGGCUUUUCGUCCUCGGCUUCCACACGGGUCUACUCGGAGGCAUAGCAGGGAUCGUCGUCAGCAGGUUAUUAGGACAGACUCCAGAUACGAUGUGGGUCUGCAUCGGAGUAUUCAUGGCAUCUGGUAUUGCGGGCUCGAUGGCAAAUCUCUACUUCCAAAAAGGACUCACCAUAAUUGGAUCGUCGACAUAUGGCGGAGCGUUGAUCGCGCUCUCGGCGGACUAUUUUCUGUCUCGAGCGAAAAUGGGUCACUGGGUGUUAUCAAUGAUCUCGUUGAAAACUCCGCAACCCGUUUGCUGGUUCUCUUGGGCGGCAAUGGGUCUAUGGCCGGGUCUCAUAUUGAUCGGCGUCGUUACACAGUUCUGCUUGACUGGCAGAGGGCUUCAUCAUGAGAGAAUGACUCCAGCCAGACACGCUCGAAACUUCAAUCUUCAACGCGUCCGACAGGAGGAAAGUCGAGCUCAGCAACAGAGGAAAUACCGAUAUCUCUAUCAGAUUAGAACGUCGCACGGAGACGUGAUAUCGCAGAGCUAUCUACAGUCGCUGCAGAAGAAAGUGAUUCCGUCCGGGGAUGAUUCCGUAUCGAUGUUGCACGGCAGCGAUCAUCUACCACAUCUGACGGUGCUCAAUCCCGAAUCUGCUCACACCACUCUCAGCCACGUACCGUGAGGAAAACAACGCACUCUUUUCGGUCGGCGAGCGAGCGAACAAACAAACGUUCCCUUGUCAAUUCCCCUGAUGUUCUCGUUCCUGUCAACAACAGCGAACCCUACCCCAGCAACCAGACUCAGGACGAAGUCCGGAAGAGCUUCUGAGCUACUUGAGGAAAAUUCCCAGAAGGAAAG